AUGUCCCGCUUCCACAACAACCAGCUAAACAUGGUUAGCCUCUUCGACGAGGAACCAACCACACCAACUCACAAGCCAAAUCGCAAGCGUACUCGCAAUAUGCCUGCGCCUCAGUGUCACUCAAAGGCGCUCCUAGAUCACGGCGGCCCUCUCGAGACCUACCGCGGUCCAGAGGUCGACAACUCGUAUGUUCAUUACGGCUACGAACGUGAUAUGUACCAGCGCGGUGAAUAUCACGCUGUGCGCGGACAUGUUGCUCCUGCUCCAGCUCCGAUCAACAAUAACGGUUCUGUGAGUUAUACUCCCACAUGUGACAGCGAUUACGCCGAGAGCGAUGGCGAGGACCACCCCCCAUCCAAGAUCCCAAAGAUCAACAAGGAUGGCGCGCCUCGCAAGCCACGCCAGCCUCGUCCCAAGCUGCUCAAGUGGAGUGACGACGAUUGGAAGAACGUAGUCCUCGGCAUCGUCUGGGCCUGUGGUGAGACUGGUGUUCAGAUCCCGUUCGACCAGGCUGCCCAGGUUGUCGGCAAGAGCUGUACUGCUGGCGCACUUCAGCAGGCCAUCUUAAAGCUGCGCGGCAAACAGAUCGACGAGGGCUACCAAAUUCCAUCGUUGAGGAUGGCGUGGACGCGCAAAAACAAACGUUCAUCUUCCUUGUCGUCCACUGCUAAUACGAACUCCCAGGCCUCUUCCGGUCAGGACCCAUUGACUCAUUCCCGUCCGUCCUUGAUCGUGAAGCUAAAGGUUCUAGUGUCCAACUCUGUCGUCGUCAAGCACUCUCCCGGUUUCAACAAGGCCGGCGCUGAUUGUGUCCAUGAGGAGUCCAAGGAGAAGGAGGAGGUCCUCAACCAUCGUCAAGAUCAGAAGUUCGGCGAGCCUGAUGGUGAUGUCUUCACCUUUGACUCUACCAGCGCUCAGAACAAUGAUAGUCACGGCGAUUUCAAGAUCAACGGCUCUGCUGGUUACCACCUCCCGCUCAACGGUAAUGUGCCCAAGGGUGGUCAAGGUUUCGGUAUCGCCAUCGAUCGCAAGUCUCCUCCCGAUAAGUCCAGUGGUUACGGUCGCGACAUUGUCCCCCAGCGUAUGCCCACCCGCAACAACGCCCAGGCUUACCUCGAGGCGUAUGGCACCAAUGGAGACGACCGCGGUGGAGAGAUGGAUUCCAUCGAUCUUGGCGAUGAUUUCGACCAUGCCGAGAAUGACGAGGCAGCUCUCCUGGGUCACCCUCGCCGUGCGUUCCUCCCCGAGAUGUCCCCUUCGGUGGGCCAUGCUUACGAGAGUCCUUAUAGUUUCUCUUCGCAAGAGGAUCCAGUACACCUGCGCUCACCUCUGUUCUUCGCGUCGGGACAGCGAGAAGCCCAAGGUUUCCUUGGCUUGGAGUCUUCUCCACAAGAUGGGCCUCCGCUAGAUGCCGGUCCCUUCCCUGAUCUGUUUCCCCACGACGUUUUCCCGAACUGCGGUUUCACUCAGGGCUCAUUCGUCGACGUACCCAUGGCCGAGGCUCAUGAAGAUUAUGGUUUCAACGCGGGACAUUACAACUAAAAGGACCUCGCCUCGUCACCCGCCUUCACGCAAGUAAUGGUUCAGUUUACACCACUGUAAGAACAACUGAUGUAUCUUAUGACCACUUUGCUAACCGUUGUUGCCAGUAUGAUGGACGGUUUUCUUAUGGUAUCACGAGGUUCACGGAUGGCAAUUUCUUCAUUUUGGCUGCUGGUUUUGCAGUCUGGAUAUGGUAUGAUACGACACGGCACGUUACAUGAACACACUGGGUGUUUAUCUUCUUCAUGGCUGAUGUGACUACUUGGCUUGAGACAUCUACGUCGGCCUUGCUAGCACUUGGCAUAGUCUUCGCACUACAUGAUUUGAUGGAUAGGAUACCCGCUUCACGGAUGAAAAGUUUAGG